AUGAAGAGCCUAGGGAUUUUAGUAUACAUCUUAGUUGCGAUACAGGUAUCUACUGAUGACAUACCAACCACUCUAAGCGUGCCCUGGCUGGUUCACCUUCGUUUUACCCGCUUGUCACUCAGAGGUAAAUUAGAUACCUGUGUUGGGGCUCUCUAUAACAACAGAUGGGUUCUUACUGCUGCUAGCUGUUUGAUGGAGGACAUUGAGGGUUAUAAUAUAACGUCUCGCUACAUCUGGAGUCGCUUCGAUACCAAGCAUGUCUUUACACCUGGCUUCGUGAUUGAAUCUUCAGACGUAAUAACCCACCCUCAGUUUGACCCCAUAACUUUAGAGAAUAACCUUGGACUUCUUGACCUCAAUAGGAGUAUUGAAUUCACGGACAAGAUCCAACCUAUAGCGUUGGCAGAAAGUGACGAUGGACCUCCUUCAUCUGGUUUUGCUUGCGGAUAUGGCGAAAAAGAUGGGAAAUUUGGUGAAGAUCUAUUCUGCGCGAACGUCACAGUAACUGAAGCUGACGGUCUUCUCAUUGCACAGAGCAGUGUGAAUGCUUCGAAGUAUGAUUUUGGGGCUGCUUUAGUGUCGGAUGGCAAGGUGCAUGGUAUACUUGUAAGAGCUGCUGAUGACAACUCAGCUGGAGCUUUCCUCCCCACCUCUAAGUUCCUGUCUUGGAUAGAGAACGUGACAAUCGAGAAGGAACCUGAAAGUGAGGAGACGUUGGAGGUCGAUGAUAAUGACGUCCUUGUAGCUGAAUGA